CACCGCAUAUCACCUGCUAGCUAAAGGCUUAGUGGAACGUUUUCAAUGACAGCUUAAGGCAUCUCUCUGUGCCACAUCAGACGAUGACUGGAGCGAAAACAUUUCGUUUGUGCUUUUAGGUCUUCGCGGCAGCAUCAAAGCUGACUUGCGAUGCGCACCAGCAGAAUUGGUAUAUGGCAUUACACUGAGCUUCCAGGAGAUCUCAUUUCACCUUCCUCAUCAUCAUGUAUUCCCCGUCAAAUAUCGCAUCCUCUAUCUCAACUUUUGCGCAUGCUGCACCUGACCCGUCCUCGUGAGCAGAACAGAGAUGUGCAAAUGCACAGAGAACUCUACCUGCGUUGUUCGCUUCAGUCUCCUUACAUCAGCCUGUUUAGAGAUUUUCAAGGAACUCCGAAGUGUCUUAGCUUAGAUCAGAAUGGUCAGCGAACAAUGGUGUUCAUCGAUCGUCUUAUUGUCGUCAUCUUCGAAGACCCGUCCCCAGCCUCACCGGGUACAACAGCACAGGUACACACACCUGCGUAAGAGUCUCCCACAACCCAGAAUCUUUGGUCCUCUUGACUCUUCGCCAAUCCCAGGCAACAGACCGACGCGGUAGGCGUCCCAAACGUCCAGUGUGUUUCUCCGAUUUCGUAAACGUUUGCUAUUGUCCUUAAAAUGCACAUAUUUUCACUUUUCGUGGUUAACGUGCGUCUUAUAAGCCAUAUAAAAAACCCUAAACGUUUAAAACACCAGAAAGUGUGCUUAUUUUGCUCCGUAUACCUGAUUAAUUUUCCAUACGGCAUCACGACACCUGUCCUGACCACAUCCCACCAUCCUCGAAUUUUAUAUUCCAGCACCCAAGUCCCCUGACCCAACGCGGCAACUGACCCAG